UGACACACGGCAAUGACGGGCUCAGAACUACUAUUUAUAGUAUGCAAAGCAUACUGAUUGGAUGAAAAUACUGUUCCCCGGUGACGUUUAAGACUCUGAUUGGUUCACUUGUAAAAACUGCAAUUGCAGUUUCCCUGACAAAGGUUUGCCGCUGCCCUUUUCUUGUGUGUGUGCGUUUUUUAAGGGAAAUGAGGUAAAAUUUCGGUGAAUGUUUACUUCUCCACCACCUCUGUUGACCAAUACAAGGCCGUUUGAUCUUGCUGGCCUUAAAGAAUCGAGAAUAAACUUGAUAUGUUGAAAUGUUCAAUUAGAGAUUCUUAUGCGCUGAGUGAUGGUCGUCCAGAGUCUACCUUUUGAUUGGUUUACUACGUCUUCCUUACUAGCCAGUAAAAAGCCAGAUCUUGAAUCCUUCAUUUGCGUGUGGCAUCUCCAUCUCGUCAGACGCUACAGUAUAAACAACGGAGUGGAACGUAGAAAUAAUAAAAAAAUCUGACUCAGGUUAUUCUGAGUACCUUUAUAUAGCUGUUUGUUUAGAAGCUUUGCAUUCUUACAUUUAAAACCAACUCUUGGCCACAAAUCACUCCAUGCAUGUGAACAUUAUUUUUUAAUAAACAGUAGUAGAACUGGUCAUUUAGUAGGUUAAGAUUAUUUAGCAUUUUAUAUGAGAAAGUGUAUAAUCCUUCCCAAAGCUAUUUCGACCUGCAUGUCCCGGGAUAAGAAGUCAUGUCAUGGCUUUGCCCUCGAGCACCUGUUAUUAGUACUGUAGAUUGGAAAUGUGAAAUCCCUACAGCAAGCUGAUGCUUCCUAAAGCCCUAAAACACUUUCUUAAGUAAAAAAUAAAAACUAACGUCACAUAGUUCUUACCUACAGCUCAUCAAGAUCUGUAGCUUGAUUUUCUGAUACUCUACCAUGGAAGCAAACCCUGAGUUCUGGAAGCGAUUUCUUGACACCUCAACUGUCCAACAGUUUGGGUUUUGAUUGGCUAAUUUGCAGACGCCCUUCACCGUUUGAGCUACCUUUUGAUAGACAUCUACCGUCUGGAGGUGCCCCUACUGUGCUUAGAUUCCCGCCUCAAGCAGCCUUCUAGCGAGGUUUGGGGGCAACUCUACGUGCAGUGAUCUUGCAGGUGCGGCGAGGCCCGAGGGGGCGGGGCUUCCAGGGUUCAAGGGGCGGGCGCUAGCGUGCACCAAUCACAGCGCGGCCCUGCUCUAUAAAUACGCCGAGCGGGGGCCUCGUCUUUCUACUCCUUUUCUUCGUUUUGGCAGUAGCUGUGCUAUCAUCUGCAGCUGUCAUGUCCGAGACUCCGCCUGUCGCUCAGGCUUCCUCUGCCGCUGCUCCCGAGAAGCCUGCGGCUGCAAAGAAGACCAAGAAGCCCGCCAAGGCUGCAGCAGCUAAGAAGAAGCCCGCCGGCCCCUCGGUGUCCGAGCUCAUCGUGCAGGCGGUCUCCACCUCCAAGGAGCGCAGCGGCGUGUCCCUGGCCGCGCUCAAGAAGGCGCUGGCGGCCGCUGGCUACGAUGUGGAGAAGAACAACAGCCGCAUCAAGCUGGGGCUCAAGAGCCUGGUGAACAAGGGCACCCUGGUGCAGACCAAGGGCACCGGCGCAGCUGGGUCCUUCAAGAUCAACAAGAAGGCGGAGGCCAAGUCUACCACCACCAAGGUGUCCGUGAAGUCGAAGGCGUCGGCGGCGUCUAAGAAACCCAGGAAGACUGCCGGGGCCGCAGCCAAGAAAACCGUGAAGACCCCGAAGAAGCCCAAGAAGCCUGCCGUCUCCAAGAAGCCUUCCAAGAGCCCUAAGAAGCCGAAGGUGGUGAAGGCCAAGAAAGUGGCCAAGAGCCCUGCCAAGGCGAAGGCCGUGAAACCCAAGGCUGCCAAGGCGAAGGUGACGAAGCCAAAGACUGCAGCAGCUAAGCCCAAGAAGGCUGCACCUAAGAAAAAGUGAACAGAUCGGUUGGAGGCUUCUUCAGUAACCCAACGGCUCUUUUCAGAGCCACCUACAUAACUUAAAAGAGCUUGGCACUCACUUUUCCUGGUACAAACUAGCUUAGAACCCUCAAGUUAAAAUUGUUCACCUGGUUGCCUUAGGCAGCUGAGGGCUUUUCCCCACUGUGGAAUAGGUAGAUCGUAGCUUGUUUUGUUUGCCCUACCUGACCUGACUUCAACCCAGCGAGGGUAAUCUGACGUUUCCCUUUCCACGUAAGUCUUGUCCCUUCUUGAGACUCAGCAGUGCUGUGAGGUGCUGAGGACUUGGCAUGGUCAGAAGAAUUUUGUAUGCAAGUCCAGUGGGGUGGGUGCUGAGCGAUACUUAGGCUAUAUAUUUCGGGGCAUGUUUAGCCCUGGCUGCGCUGUAACCCAUUACUGCCACCCAAGUGCCAGGAUUCGAUGCUUGCGUCACCACCUCCUGGUGGUACUAAAGCCCUUAGAGUUAGUCCAUCUCCCUAGAACUGGAAGCUGUUACAGGCAGCACUUUUGGAGAUUUUGAUACCCGCUGGUGCUCUUGAAUUGAUUCUCCUCACUCCCGAGUACUAGGGUUACUCCCAACCCAUAUCCCCCCUACUCAAGUCUUUUACUGGACUCCCCUACUAUCCUGUGAGUUUUUUAAAGAAUUAUUGGUGUCUGGAAGUUGGGAAACAAUUUAUAAUUGAUCCUCUUUCUCAGUUUGGGUCCGGGGAUUAGCUCAAGUGAUCAGGCUUGGGGCAAGUGCCUUUUACUUACCCUGAGCCAUCUUUCUGGCCUGAAUUUAGUUGGGUUGUUUCUUUUAAUACAUUUAGUCAUAAACAAUAAUGAUUGAUUCAUCUUUCACUUAAGGGUCAAUUUACUUCAAAGUGAUAUAUGCACAUUUAGACAUCUUGUUUUCCUUUAACAAAACUUUAGAAAACCAGUUAGUCAAGACACAGGCCUCUUAUCUCAAGCACAUGGGAAGUUGAAGCUAAAGAAUACUGAAUUAAGACCAGCCUAGGCAGCACAGUCAGAGGCUGUUCUAACACAAGUUCGGGGAAGAUUUGGUUGGAUUUUGUUUAUUUUCAACCAAAAAUAAGUUUUUUAUAUUUAAUAAAAAGUCUCACACCAAGUAUUGUACACUAACCAUUUGCUAAUCUGUUGGUUAGCACUAAACUGAUCAUGAUGCAACAAACAGGACUUCAUACUGCUAAAUUAAAGUAUGUUUGACAUUUUUAGUAAAUGACUUAUUCUAAGGACAGCUCAACUUCCAGAAAUAUGUCAGUUUCUGCUUCCCCUUCUCAGUGUGAGCUCAUUAACUUCUACAGCGUUUAAAGGAUGUAGAAUAAUUUCCAUUAUUUUAAUUCAAAAUUUCUUGGCUAUUAGCAUCUAUUUUCUUUGUUAGCUACUUUAGUUCUCCUUCUGGGAAUUGCUUGUUUCUAUUUCUUGCUCAUUGUUUCAGAGUGCUCUGUUUUCUUGUUCCAUUAUGAGUUUGUUUUAGACGCAUAUUUAUUUUUAUGCACUGCACAUAAUGUGUGCAAUCAGAGUUACACGGGAUUAGGAGCCACCAUGUGGAUGUGGGGAACAAACCACCAAGGGUUUGUUCUCUGCAAAAACAAGUAUUCUUAACUACUGAGCAAUCUCUCCCCUUGCCUCUAUUAUAUUUUUUUAACAUAGUAGAGAAAUGAACUUUUUUUUUACCAUCAACAUUGCACAGUGUUUUAACUUUGAUCUUUUAUUCUCUAUUUUCUGUGUGGCAUAUUUAUUUUCAUCUGUGAUAUAAGUUUUGAAUAUUAUACAUAAAUGUUUUAAUGUGUUAAGCAUAAAUAUGUCUUUAAUGGGUUUUGGUUUCAAGUCUUGAUUCAGAAAUUACACCUGAGUGCCUGAAUUAUUUGUGUGGUCUCUGAGAUUUUGAGAAUGUUGCUUUUUAAAACAUUUUAGGCUCAGCUAGACCUGAUGUACAAGUGUCCUUGAGAGGCUAAGGCAAGGUGAUCCCAAGUUCAUGUACUGCUUGGGCUACAGAGUAAGGUUUUUGAGACCAUCAUAAGCAAAUUAGCAAGACCCUGACUCAAAAUAAAAUGUUGAAAGGAGUGAGGGCUGGGAGAAAAAAAAAAAGGGGGGGGCUUUGCAUGUAGCCCAGUGGUAGAACAUUUGUCUAGCAUUUAUUUGUAAGACCCUGGGUUUAAUUCCAGUACUGCCAGAAGAAAAGAAAAAUUAGUUUCUUAUCCACAAAUACUAUAUUUAAUGUUGUUUUAGUCAGCUGUUCCAAAAGCAUUUCUUAGACAAUCCAUUCAUUUCCUUCACUGGGCUAACAUUCAGUCUUAUUUCUAAACGUCCUAUGUAAGAGGAUCUAGGGUCUAUUUUUGCAUCUACUGUUCUCCAUAUAAACUAGGUACCUUUUAAAUUUUUUUAUUUCUAUUUAUAGGCAUAGUUCUACUGUGACUGGAACAUUUCUCAUGGCCUUUUGUUACCUCUUAUUGUGGAAGCAUAUUGGUAAUAAAUAAAUCCACCUUUUAAAAAUUC